AUGGAGAGUAAUAUGUUAGAUGAAGAAUUUCUCUCGCGUCAAAGAUUAGAGUUACAAAAUAAUGAUGAAAACUAUAUUUCAAGCUUUGAUGAAGUAUUACAAGAUGAUGACAAAGAUGUUGAAACCACUCUUCAAAGUGAGAAGAUAGUUCAAAUAAAUCAUGCAAAUAUUCGCAGUGAAAUGAUACCAAAGGUUAGUAUGGAAUUUGAAACAGAAGAAGAAGCAUAUAAUUUCUAUAAUACUUAUGCUUACAAUGUAGGUUUUAGCAUUCGAAGAAGUAAAGGGCAUAAAGGUGAAAAUAGAAAAAUCAUGGAUAGAACUUUUUGUUGUUCAUGUGAAGGUACACGUGGAAAUGAUAAGCGAAAUGUCAACGUGAAACGUCAUCGUGCUGAAACAAGAUUUGGAUGUUUAGCAAAGAUGAAAAUAAAUUGCCGUCAAAUAGGAAAAUAUCAAGUUGUUGAAUUUAUAGCAGAGCAUAAUCAUGUUACUUCAAGUCCUAUAAAGAGUCAUUUGCAUCGAUCCCAAAGAAGACUGUCUGCUACCCAAGUUGUUGAAAUUGAAUUGGCUGAGAGUUCUGGAAUUACUCCUAAAGCUAGUGUAGAACUAAUGGCUAGGAGAGCUGGUGGACGUGAGAAUCUUGGAUUUAUUCUUGAUGAUUGUCGGAAUUAUAUACACAUAGAUGAUUUGCUGACUAAUAUUUUUUGGGCUGAUGCAAAAAUGAAAGAAGCUUAUUCACAUUUUGAUGAUGUUAUUUGUUUUGAUACAACUUACAGAAAAAAUCAUGAAUGCAGGCCCUUCGCUAUGUUUGUUGGAGUUAACCAUCAUAAACAAACCACUUUGUUUGGAGCAGCAUCAUUAUAUGACGAAACAUGUGAAACUUUUAUAUGGUUAUUUGAUACAUUUUCAGCAGCAAUGUUGGGAAAAAUGCCAAAAACAAUUCUUACAGAUCAAAAUGCAGCAAUGGCAAAGGCAUUAGCUUCUCAAUGGCCAGAAACUUAUCAUCGUCUUUGUAUUUGGCAUAUGUAUCAAAAUGCAACAAAACACCUUAGUAGUAUUUUUCAAAAGUUCCGUCAAUUCUCAAAAGAUUUUGGAGAUUGUAUACAUGAAUACGAGGAAGAAGAUGAAUUCAUUGAAGCAUGGAACAAGAUGCUUGAAAGAUAUAAUCUCAAAGAUAAUGAUUGGCUGGGAAGGACAUUCAAAGUAAGAGAGAAAUGGGCUUUGGUCUAUGGUAGAGAUAUUUUUUGUGCAAACAUGAAUACUACUCAACGGAGUGAAAGUAUGAAUAAUGUUCUGAAGCAUUAUGUUAGCUACUAG